AAGAUAAACAUGAAAUCUGAGCUUGUGUUCAUACCGUUUCCAGGAAUCGGCCAUCUCAGAUCAAUAGUAGAGAUGGCGAAGCUACUAGUCAAGCGAGAAAACCACCUCUCUAUCUCCAUAAUCAUCCUUCCUUCUCCUUUAGGAGGCGAUGAUGUCGAUGCUUCUUCCUACGUGGCAGCUCUCUCCAGCGAACGCAUCCGCUACGAAUCGAUCUCCGACGGAGAUCAACAGAACGAAGAGCCAACAAGGGUCGACAAGCACAUCGAAAAUCAAGUGCCAAAGGUAAGACGAGCCGUCGCGAGACUCGUGGAGGACGACAAGUCCACGAGACUCGCAGGGUUCGUCGUCGACAUGUUUUGCACCUCGAUGAUAGACUUGGCGAAUGAGUUUGGUGUUCCGAGUUACAUGUUUUACACCUCCAACGCUGGAGCUCUCGGGCUUGGCCUUCACGUUCAGAGACUUUACGAUGAGAAUAAAUACGAUGUUAGUGAGUUGGAUUUGGAAAACUCGGAGGCUGAGUUGGUCGUUCCGUUUUUGACACGUCCUUAUCCGGUGAAGUGUCUCCCACGCAAUCUCGCAUCGAAAGAGUGGUUCCCUAUCUUUGUAAACCAAUCAAGAAGAUUCAGAGAGAUGAAGGGUAUUUUGGUGAAUACUGUUGCUGAGCUUGAACCUUAUGCGUUGGAGUCUCUCUCCAGUGGUGAUACUCAUACUCCUCCUGUAUAUCCAGUGGGACCACUGUUGCAUAUUGAUGAUUCCAAGGAGGAGAAACAAUCGGAGAUUUUAGCAUGGUUAGACAAGCAACCAGCUAGAUCGGUGGUGUUCCUCUGCUUCGGGAGCUUUGGGAGUUUCAGUGAGGAACAAGCAAGAGAAAUCGCCGUCGCGCUAGAGCAAAGCGGCCGCCGUUUCUUGUGGUCACUCAGACGAACGUCUUCGAAUGUAUUCAAGGAACCUCCAGGAGAGUUUACGAAUCUUGAGGAAGUUUUCCCGGAAGGGUUUCUUGAUCGGACGGUGGAGAGAGGGAAAGUGAUCGGAUGGGCUCCACAGGUGGCUGUUCUUGCGAAUCCAGCGAUAGGAGGUUUCGUCACUCACUGCGGGUGGAACUCGACGCUAGAGAGUCUCUGGUUUGGUGUGCCAACUUUGGAAUGGCCUCUUUACGCAGAGCAGAAAUUCAACGCUUUUGAAAUGGUGGAGGAGCUUGGCUUGGCGGUGGAGAUAAAAAGAUAUUGGAGAGGAGAUAUAUUCGCCGGAGUGAAGGAGGAGCUGGUGACGGCGAAGGAGAUUGAGAGAGGGAUCAUGUGUCUGAUGGAGGAAGAUAGUGAGGUGAGGAAGAGAGUGAAGGAGAUGAGCGUGAAAUGCCGUGUGGCUUUAAUGGAUGGUGGAUCGUCGCAUGUUGCUUUGGAAAAGUUAAUCCAAGACGUUACGAUGAAUAUCGUUUCGUCGGUUAGGGAAUUGGAGAAUGUAAAUGUAAGUUUUUGAAUGAUAGGCAAUUAGGCAUAAAUAGAACGCACAAGAAAGUUGGAUUGUAAUAGCCGUCGAUGUGAUCUUAAAUACUACUUUGAAGUGGAGAUGAAGGAAAUGAUGGAUGGAACCAGAACCACAAUUACUACUAAGAAACAAUGGUUCUUGUCAAUCAUUUUCCAAAU